AUGAAUCUGAUGAUGGAGAAAAACGCCUGCAACUUGAUGGUUCCCAGCUUUGCUCGAGGCCUCAGUAUUUUGCUGGUGGAUCAUGAUACAACUUCUCUCAUGUAUCUAGCUUUAAUGCUUGAACAAUAUUCGUACAAGGUUAGCACCACUGAGCUUGCAACUGUUGCUUUGUCAAUGAUUCAAGAAAAUCAAAAUCGAUUCCAGCUGGUCAUUGCUAAUGUUAAUAUACCUGAUAUGGCUUGUUAUCAGUUCCUCCGAGUACUGAUUAAGAUGGAAAUCCCUGUCAUUUUGAUGGCCUCCCAGAGAAGUUUGAGUGCUACUACGAAAGCCCUGGCUGAAGGAGCAUCAUUUUUUCUUGAAAAACCUAUCUCUCUGGAUGAUUUAAAGUACAUUUGGCAACAUGUUUAUAAGUUGAGAAAAAAUACCUUAGAGGUCCAACUUCGAAAAAGAAAUCGAGAAAUAUAUGAGAGUGAUAAUAUGACUCAAGGUAUAUCGAUCGGAGAGGCAAAUGACUUGCAAUAUAGCACUGAUUAUCGACCUAUUAAUGCUGCUCCGAGAGAGAAGAAUAAGCAAGCCAAGGAAGUAGAUUUUUUAGCUGGUGAAAAUAGUACCGGGACCAAGAGAUCAUUAUACAACAACGAAGGAGAAAAAGGAAAAGAGAAGAAAGUCAUUGGACAAGACUCGGGAUAUAUAAACAAUGACUAUAUGAUAUUCAACAAGGAAAUGGAGAAAGAAUUAAUGAGUGGUAAUGUCAUGGAACAGGAGAAGGUGACAGACGAUAAUCACACGGGCUUCGUUAAACGCCGGCUUAUUUGGACCCCUGAGCUUCAUCUCAAGUUUACUGCCGCUUUAAGGGCUCUUGAGAACAGAAAACCUCGUCCAAAACAAAUACUGAGGCUAAUGAAUGUGCCUAAUUUGACACAGCGCCAGGUUGCGAGCCAUCUACAGAAACACAAAUUAGCUGUAGCCAAGUACAAUGCCCAGAAAGCUGCCGCAGCUGGUUUGCCUUUAGAAAAAAGACUGCUACGAAAGCAUGGCAGCAGUAAAACAUCAGGGCAACGACAUGAGAAGAUGAUCAAGUCGUCAGGAAAUCGGCAAGGACGCAGAAGUAGUAGCAUUGCCAUCGGAUUUGGAGGACAAAGCAGAUCAGGCACUAUGCCUAAUUCAGGAAAAUCUUCAAACCAAGAACUGAGUGCUGUCCCGAUUUCGACUCCUCCAGCUGUAGGCUCAGUCUUUCAAGCCCAGCCUUCAACAGAGUUCGAAAAUCUAGCAAAGUUGCUUGAAGAAGAAGAGGAAGAAUUCUCAGGUUCAGCCAGUGGAGUAAAUCCAAGUGAUAUCGAUCGAUACUAUAGAUCGCUAUCAGAAGCUUUACUUGGAAACAACCAACUUCCACAAAAUUUCAGUAAGAAUAAAUGA